UUUAUUCCGUAAUUAACCAGCACUGCCCAGCGAUAGAUUUUCCAACACUGUCACUUAUUGCUGGAUAUUUAGAACGAGAAUGUCUCGCAGCGCCCGCCCACUCACCUCCGCUCGUGUUCUACACAAGAUCAAGGCACUAACGACGCCUCAAAGCACCGACUAUGUGGUAAACCGCAAUCCACGGAAUUUGGAAAGGCUGCGGAUUGCUUAUAAACCAGGUGGAUACCAUUUAGAGAAGCCGGGGCGUUCCUUCUGGCACACGUUGGAAAUAAACACCAGCGGUCGAUAUGUCAGCGCCGAUGUAAAGCACUUCGAAAACGGAAUCAUUUUAAGCGCCAGCACCUCCGAGUGGGCCAUUAAGCAACAGCUAUACAAAACCAACGACACCGCCGCCUUUAUAAACCUUGGGCGCGUGUUGGCACAUCGGUGCCUGCAGUCGGGAAUUACAGAAAUGACCUGUAACGUGGAUGCGGUACCCGGUAGCAAACUCCAAAAGUUACUUCAAACUCUUCAGGACAACGGGGUUUCUUUCAAGGAGCCUGCUCGCCUAGAAAACACACAACCCUGGGAUGCCGAGAGGCAAGAAAAGCCCUGGGAUGUUUCCGAGCAAUCGCUAAACACAACAGAGCCCCCAAAGACGGACAAAUAGUAAACAAGAGCCAUUUAGUUAUUUUCGUUUCGUUUAGAAUAAACGUUGAUUAUUAUGCUAAUUAAA